AGGACACACCCUAGCAUUAAGGUGGCUGUGCCAGAGAAACUAACGGUAGUGAUAGUGCUUUCUCUCACCUUGGCAGGUCUGUCAGGGAGACAAGCCUACAAGCCUGGGAUCUGUUGACUUGUGCCUGUCUCCACUAGUCCAGCCCAAAGCCAGAAACCAGCUGAGCGGUGUCUGUGAACGAGGCAGGGAGGAGGGAGCUGUGGGGCUGGAGCGCCAUCAGACAGGGACUGGGAGGGACUCGGUCUGGGAUUUACCCUGGGACAGGCCUGUGGAGCUGGGGAGUCAUCCCUGCGCGGGCGCUCAGGGCGGUGCCCGCGGUGCGGCGUGAGGCGGAUCGCGACCCCCGUCCCUCCCUGGGGCCGAGUCGCCGCUGCGCGCGCGCCACCCACGCGCGAUCGUUGCUAUCGCGGCCGCCUGGCUGGCUGGCCCGGCCUCGCUGCGCGCUGCGCGGGGACCCCGCCAGCCAUGGCCGAGCUCGGCGAUCAGACUUUGCCCGGGCCAGAGACCACGGUGCAGAUCCGUGUCGCCAUCCAGGAGGCCGAGGAUGUAGAGGAUCUGGAGGAGGACGAUGAAGGGACCCCAGCUCAGGCAGCGGGGGACGCAGCCCGGUACCUCAGUCCAGGCUGGGGCAGUGCCAGCGAGGAGGAGCCGAGCCGUGGGCACAGCGCCACGACAAGUGGCGGGGAGAAUGAGCGCGAGGAACUGGAGCCGGAGUGGAAGCCCCCGGAUGAGGAGCUCAUCAGGAAGCUGGUGGAUCAGAUCGAGUUCUACUUUUCAGACGAGAACCUGGAGAAGGAUGCCUUCCUGCUCAAGCACGUGCGCAGAAAUAAGCUGGGCUACGUGAGCGUCAAGCUGCUCACCUCCUUCAAAAAGGUGAAACACCUCACACGGGACUGGAGAACCACAGCACAUGCUUUGAAGUAUUCAGUCACCCUAGAGUUGAAUGAGGACCACCGGAAGGUUAGGAGAACCACCCCUGUGCCACUGUUCCCCAAUGAGAAUCUCCCCAGCAAGAUGCUGUUGGUGUAUGAUCUACACCUGUCCCCUAAACCCUGGUCCCUGGCCACGCCCCAGAAGAACGGAAGGGUGCAGGAGAAGGUGAUGGAACAUCUGCUCAAGCUCUUUGGGACUUUUGGAGUAAUUUCAUCGGUGCGGAUCCUCAAGCCUGGGAGAGAGCUGCCCCCUGACAUCCGGAGGAUCAGCAGCCGCUACAGCCAGGUGGGGACCCAGGAGUGUGCCAUAGUGGAGUUCGAGGAGGUAGAUGCGGCCAUUAAAGCCCAUGAAUUCAUGGUCACUGAAUCUCAGGGCAGGGACAACAUGAAAGCCGUCUUGAUUGGGAUGAAACCACCCAAAAAGAAACCUCUCAAAGACAGGAACCACGAUGAUGAGCCCACAGCAAGUACCCACCUAAGCAGGUCCCUGAACAAGAGAGUGGAAGAGCUUCAGUACAUGGGGGAUGAGUCUUCCGCCAACAGUUCCUCUGACCCCGAGAGCAAUCCCACCUCUCCUAUGGCUGGCCGGCGGCAUAUGUCCACCAACAAGCUCAGCCCUUCUGGCCACCAGAAUAUCUUUCUGAGCCCAAAUGCUUCGCCAUGCUCAAGCCCAUGGAGCAGCCCCUUGGCCCAGCGCAAGGGCGUCUCCAGAAAAUCGCCACUGGCUGAAGAAGGUAGACUGAACUUCAGCACCAGCCCUGAGAUCUUCCGGAAGUGCAUGGAUUAUUCUUCGGACAGCAGUGUCACUCCCUCCGGCAGCCCCUGGGUUCGCAGACGACGCCAAGCUGAGAUGGGGACACAGGAGAAAAGUCCAGGGGCAAGUCCCCUGCUGUCUCGGAAGAUGCAGACCGCAGAUGGGUUACCUGUAGGGGUGCUGAGGCUGCCCAGAGGCCCGGACAACACCAGGGGCUUCCAUGGUGGACAUGAGAGAAGCCGAAUCUGUACAUGAUAGCUUCUAUUUUUAAUACUGCCUCCACUGAAAACAAACUUUGUUUUCGAGGUCCUCACAAAUAGCUAGCAUGACAGAGAAUGGAAUUCAGUCCCCUUAGAAAGCUUUUGUAUCCAUGUAGACCUUGUAAUUUAUAUGUUUGUAAGGUAUACAAAUUGUCCUGUUUGCCAUGGUUUUAAGGCCAUCUUCUGGCUGGGAGCUCUUGCUCCCAGCAUGACCACUGUUUUGACAAUGCCUGGCAUGUGUGAGUGCGAUGGCUCUGAAGGCAGUGGGAUACAGGCUCUCUGGAAAGAUCUAGCAGUGAGUUUGUCUGUUGGGUCUGGCUUUUUCCUGCAAUGACUGAGCUGUCCUUGGCAGGCCAUGCAAGAGCUCCUCCUGAGACCUCUAGGGAGUUUUGCUCAAUGGCAAAUCCUUCAGCCAAUAGCAUGGUGUCUUAUAGGACUGAGUGUCUAUCUCCUGUCAAGUGAAUAAAUAAUAAAACACCCA